AUGGCUGGCCGAUUCGUCAGAGCGUCCAAGUACCGACACGUCUUUGGCAAGCCCACGCGAAAGGACUCUUGCUACGACAACAUUCACAUUAGCCGCAAUGCCUGGGACACCAACCUGAUCAAGGUUAACCCCGAGUAUCUCUCUGUCAAUUGGGACUCGUCGGGUGGUGGCGCCUUUGCCGUCAUCCCGCUCAACGAGCGCGGCAAGCUCCCCGACCAGAUUCCUCUGUUUCGCGGCCACACGGCUGCCGUUCUCGACACCGACUGGCACCCCUUCAACGACCGCAUCAUCGCCUCUGCCUCUGAAGAUGGCAAGGUCUUCCUCUGGGAGGUCCCCGAGGAUUUUACCCUCUACACCGACGCCGAAGAAAUUCCCAACGUUGAGCCUGUGAGCAAGCUCGCGGGCCACUCCAGAAAAGUCGGACAGGUCCUCUUCAACCCCUCGGCCGAAAACAUCCUCGCCUCCGCCUCGGGCGAUUACACAAUCAAGAUCUGGGAUGUCACCACGGGCCAGUCGCCCCUCGCCCUGCCCCACGGCGACAUUGUCCAGAGCCUGACCUGGAACGCCGCCGGCAGCAUGCUCGCCACCACGUCGCGCGACAAGAAGAUUCGCGUCUGGGACGUGCGCCAGGAGAAGCCAGUCCACGAGGCCCCCGGCCACGCCGGCGCCAAGAACAGCAGGGCCGUGUGGAUGGGCGAGCACAACCGCUUCGCCACGACGGGCUUCUCCAAGAUGAGCGAGCGCCAAAUAGCCCUGUGGGAGCCGGGCAACCCUGAGCCCAUCGGCGGGUUCAGCAUGAUUGACUCCAUCUCUGGUGUCUGCAUGCCUUUCUGGGAUGACGGCUCCAACUGCCUGUACCUUGCUGGCAAGGGUGACGGCAACAUUCGCUACUACGAAUAUGAAAACGACAAGUUUGAGUUCCUCAGCGAAUACAAGUCUCCCGAUCCCCAGCGCGGCAUUGCCUUCCUUCCCCGUCGCGGUAUCAAUGUCCAUGAGAACGAAGUUAUGCGCGCCUACAAGACCGUCAACGACAGCUACAUUGAGCCCAUCUCCUUCACCGUGCCGCGCCGCGCCGAGACCUUCCAGGCCGACAUUUUCCCUCCUGCCGUCGGCACAAAGCCCGCCUGCUCCGCCAAGGACUGGCUCGACGGCAAGACUGGCAUCCCCAGCAAGAUUGAUCUCGAGAGCGUCUACGAGGGCACCGCACCUAAGGAGGUCGCCUCCGACUACAAGGCCCCCGCCGCCCAGUCGACCCCCACGACCCCCAAGGCCGAGACGACCAAGCGUGAAGAGCCGCCCAAGCGCGAAGAGCCCAAGCCUGCCGCCGUCGUCUCCCGCGCCCCCCCGCCCAGCAUAAAGGACCAGAAGAGCUCCAUCUCCAACAUGGCCAACAAGUUUCAGGACAACGAGGAGGAUGACGAGGACGAUGCCGACACGACCUCGAGCUUUGAAGACAUUGGCCGUCCCGCCCAGCGCAACCCCGUCCCGGUUCGCGCCGCCGCUGAACCCAGGCUGCCUACCAAGACGACCUCUGCGCCUGCCCCCGCACCAGCUGCCGCUCCCGCUGCGCCGGUCAAGGCCGCGACCCCUAGCCGCACGACGCCGGCCAGCACCUCGACACCUGGCGGCAGCGGCGUCGAGUCAUCCCUGGAGCAGAUCAAGCAGCUGAUUGAGAACCAGACCAAGAUCAUCACACAGCAAAACGACAAGAUUGGCCAGCUGACGCAGGAGGUCGAGUUGCUGAAGCGCAAGGUCGGCACCGCUGGCUCGCAGGACCAGAGCGAGCGCAUCCGCCAAUUAGAGCUGGAACUGGAGGAAGCUCGCUCAUGA